AUGUCAUUUCUUCAGUGGCGCGCUGCCUCAAUAUUGCAUGUUUCCCCCUCUCUCGCAUUGCACUUGGAGCCGUACAACAGUAGGAUGAUGUCGAGAGCAUCACGAAUGACGCACCACCUCCACGCUUUCUCAUCUCGCGUUUCCUCCACGCGCCCCAUUUCCUCACCCUUUCUCCACAGGAAUGUUGAUGCUUCACAGUCGAUGGAUGUUGCUAAUGUAAACUUUACGAAUUAUGAUAGCAACUGUCGAGCUAGGAAGAUAUGGACUUUCACUCCUGUUUGUAUGGGCAGACGUUCCAGCAAAAUCGCCGGUCGAAAGGAAGCCAACAAUGCAAAGAAAGCUAAACUGUACUCAAGGAUUGGGAAGGAAGUUGUGUCUGCUGUAAAGAAAGGUGGUCCGAAUGUUAUGUCUAAUUCAGCCCUGGCUGCUGUACUUGAGAAAGUAAAGGAGCUCGAUGUUCCUAGAGAUAUUGUCGAGCGCAACAUCAAGAGAGCAACUGAGAAGGGACAAGAGGCUUAUAUUGAGAAAAUUUACGAGGUUUAUGGUUAUGGAGGAGUUAGUAUGGUAGUUGAGGUAUCAACUGACAAGAUAAAUCGUUCUAUAGCAAAGAUUAGAGAUGUGGUCAAGGACUGUGGAGGAAAGAUGGCAGAUUCUGGGUCUGUGUUGUUUAAGUUUACGCGUGCUCGGGUAGUAAACAUUAAAGUAAGUGAUGCUGACAAAGAUCAGCUGCUUGGAAUUGCUUUAGAUGCUGGAGCCGAGGAUGUAAUUGAUCCUCCAACUUACGAAGAUGAUACUGAAGAGGAUAGGUCAGAAAGGUAUUAUAAGAUUGUUGGUUCUUCAGAGAACUAUUCAUCUAUAGUAUCAAAAUUGCGAGAGGAGGGCAUAGAUUUUGAGCCUGAUAAUGGUUCUGAGCUUCUUCCAAAUACCACCAUUGAGGUAGAUGAUGAGGCUAUGGACUUGAACAGAGAACUUAUGAGCAAAUUACUUGAGCUUGAUGAUGUUGAUGCUGUUUAUACAGAUCAGAAAUAG